UUUGAAAAUUCGACAAAAAGCCCUAAAAGAAAAUGGAAGCCGCCGAUCAAACGGUUCUUUGCCAGUUGCUUGCCGUCGACCUCACAGAUUAUUGCUACAGAGUAUGUUCUCGCUGCGAGAGAGUUCUUCCCGUAGAUAACAACAAUGGUGUUACAUCGUCAGUUUGCAAAUUCUGCAAAUCCAAAGUACCCAAACUUCUUUAUCGGAUUCUCAUGUCUAUAGCAACAGAUACAUCAGUUAAAACUGUGAUAUGUUUUGACAGAGCUGCGACUGUUCUCUUCGGUUGCUCAGCCGAUGAGUUCUUCCACUUCACUAAGCUCAAUCCUACAACCGCAUCAAUGGUUAAUCAGGUGUUUGAUGGAGAAAUGCUUAGGAUGACAUUGACUCGGCCACACAACUUAAACGCGCAACACAUGAGAGUGGCUUCAGUUGUUCCUCUAAGAUCAGGAUUUCAACCAGCAAUAGUUACACUGAGACGGCUUUGCACAAGUAAUGCUUCUUUGGGGAAUUGUUCCACCAAGAAAUGAGAGUUUCUAAUGUUGGAUUAGCUACACAUAUAAAUGCUAUAAUCGCAAGUUGUUUGUAUCUUUCUAUUUGUUGUUUGUUUAACACUUGAUUGUCUCGGUGAAUACUCUAAUUCGUUGUU